AAUUGAGGGUUGUAUCAUAUAUAUAUAUAUGAAGUGGGGGGAACAAUAGAUAAAAUUGGGAGUGAGUGAAUAAAUGAAUGAAUGAAUUCCGUGCAAAUGUGCAACUCUGACCAUCGUUGCGUGUGGAGAUGAGGCAGCGCCACGCCAGAUAGAUGGUCGGUGUAAGCGCUUCGGCGAGUCAUGAACGCUCAGCUGUCGAUGGAGAACCUGGGCGAGUUACAGGGGGUGCCCCAUGAACAGUCGGUGUCAGCGGGAGAGCUGAUGAGCAGCCCGAGCCCACACAGCCGGCCGCUCGGCCACCGCGGCUUGCCUCCGUCCGCACGCUCGCUGGUCUCCAGUAUGGCUUCGAUCCUGGACGGAGAUUACCACCGGGCCCCGGAGCACGGCUUGGCCGGCGCUCUGCACCCUACCAUGACCAUGGCUUGCGAGACGCCGCCCGGGAUGAGUAUGAGCAGCACUUACACGACCCUGACCCCUCUGCAGCCGCUGCCUCCUAUCUCCACCGUCUCGGACAAGUUCCCCCACCAUCCCCAUCACCAUCACCAUCAUCACCAGCACCAGCACCAACAACAGCAACAGAGGCUGCCCAGUAAUCUCAGCGGCAGCUUCACUCUCAUGCGGGACGACCGAGGCUUGUCUUCCCUCAACAAUCUCUACAGCCACUACCACAAGGAAAUGCCAGGCGUCGGCCCCAGCCUCUCGCCCUUGACCAACGGCCUGGGCACCCUGCACAGCAGCCAGCACGGCCUGACACCGUACGGCCACGCCGGGGGGCUGAGCACCGACAAGCUGCUGGCCACUCCGAACGGCUUCGAGGCCGCUCCGCCCGCCAUGCUAGCCCGCAGCGAGCAGCACCUGAGCCCCCCGGGCGUGGGCAUGGUCCCCAUCAACGGCCUGCCCCCUCACCCUCACCCGCACCACCCUCACCCGCCUCACGUCCAUCCGCACGCCCAGGGCCCCGGGCAGCAGGGCCUGGGCACCGCUCGCCUGGCGGAACAGGGGGCACCGGCGGCGGUUGGCGGCGGCCCCCAGGCCUCUCAGGGCUCGCAGCUGGAGGAGGUCAACACCAAAGAGAUCGCCCAGCGGAUCACCACCGAGCUGAAGCGCUACAGCAUCCCGCAGGCUAUCUUCGCGCAGCGGGUACUGUGCCGCUCACAGGGCACCCUGUCUGACCUGCUGAGGAACCCGAAACCCUGGAGUAAACUCAAAUCCGGCCGCGAAACCUUCCGGCGCAUGUGGAAGUGGCUUCAGGAGCCCGAGUUCCAGCGGAUGUCGGCCCUGAGGUUAGCAGCCUGCAAGAGAAAAGAGCAGGAGCACGGAAAAGAGAGGGGCGCCGCGCCCAAGAAGCCUCGGCUGGUCUUCACAGACGUUCAGCGCAGAACUCUACACGCAAUAUUCAAGGAAAACAAGCGUCCGUCCAAAGAAUUGCAAAUUACCAUUUCCCAGCAACUGGGCUUGGAGCUGAGCACCGUCAGCAAUUUCUUUAUGAACGCACGUCGGAGGAGUUUGGAUAAGUGGCAGGAUGACGGCAGCACCAACUCAGUCAGCUCAUCUUCCUCAUCAAGCACUUGUACCAAAGCAUGAAGGAGACCGGACUAAACCUCGGUGGAAUAGCUUUAAAAUAAAUGACCAGGACCUCCAGAUAGCAGGUUUAAUUAUCGAACCAAAAGACAAUAUAAUAUUUAUAUGUCCAACGAAACCAAAGACUUAAUUGACCUGCAUUAGGACUCCGUUCUACAACACUUUAUUAUGACAUUUGCAAAAAAAAAGCCGCUGGUCGUACACCUUCUUCACUCUGCAUCAUUCAACGUGUGUGACUGUAAGUCGUUGGGAGCAUCGUCAUGGUGUUAUGAAAAGAACAUUACUCCAAACAUUGACCCAUUUCAUUUCAACGGAUAUACCAUGAAGGUGUAUGUUGUUAAAAGUACAGUGUACGUGUCAGUGGCCAGAGACUUCAGAUGGGGCUGGUCUGCAGGUUGUGCUCAGGCAUAACGGUACAAUUGUGGAGUCGUCUGUGUUCAAGUUGGAAUGUGAUUGGAUUCUAGCUCUUUUGCAGUUUGAACACGGAAGCUCCGAUUUUGGGAGCACAAUGUUCAACGCUCUGAGAGCUGUUCUGUCAUCUCACACUAGUACUUCCUCCUUGUUCCACGGGCGGAGCAAAUGCAACAGCUAAAAGCCAAAAAAAAAGCUUUAAUACUGAACCCAGUGUCAUAGAAGUGAGUUAUGUUGGAUAACAAAGAGCAGGGUAAAUGACAGUGAAAUUUCUCAAAAAGCACAAGUAUUAAUUUUAUUGGGAGUCUACAAUGAAAUCCACCAUUUCGUUUUAUUUUCUACUCGAAUGUAUUUUGCACACUAAAUUAAUGACAUCGCAUUGCAUUUGAAAACAAAAGGAGUCUUUUAAAAGCAUAAAACAAAAACCUGACAGGAAUGUAAGGAUCACUUCAGUUAGGAAUCAUUGUACACCUGUUCCUUGCUAUCCAAUUCGCUAAACGGAAAGGAAACGUGUUUAAGGGGGACGGGCGGGGGUCGCUCUUUUCCGAAUUGGCUCCCUAUUGUCAAACACGCUGAUGGAAAUGAUGUUCCAUUGAACACAUUGUUACAAAACAUUAAUUAGUACUAUUCCAAGUCUUUUUUCUGAUGUGUCUACCACAUACUAUUCUGAUCCAUAUUCGGAAGCAACAAUUAUAUCAAAUUCGUCUAAAUUUGAAUCCAUAUGAAAUUAGAUCAAGACAUGGCUGCUGUUAUUUAUUUUGCAAUAUGUCUCUGCAGGGCAAAGGCCCUUUACUCCCCCUAGGUAAAUGUUAAACCAAUACGGUAGCUCCAAUGUAUGGGCGUGGGGAGGGAUGUGGUUAGAAGUCAACCUGAAAAAUGAUUCAAAAAUACGGAUAAAAAUCAUUACAUAUUCAAAAGAAAACCAAACUGUGAAUUGUGAAGAUAACAAGUAGCACAGGAAAUGUAACUCCUUAUUAAAUGCACACUGACCCCACCCCCUCCUCCGUCCAUACCAACCAAUCCAUAAUCGAUUACACAACACUGGCCUGCAUGGAUCCGGAACCCCAUGAAGUCUGUACAAUGAUAGAACUUUUUGUUUUCUAUUCCCCUUUUCCCAAAAUCUGACAGCAAGGCUAUCGAACAGUUUCGAAGCGCCAACUAAAAUGGAGGCACUUUACUGCUCAAAUACUGUUGAAGUUUAAUCGUUGUUGUGUGAUUCAGGUUAGUUUUCCAAAGUGAAACAGCAGAGAGCUCCAUCUCUGUGGCAUACAGGUCUGGGACGCUGAACAAGAUAGGUUUCAGGUUUUCAGUCAAGAUGUAAACCAUCCUUGACAAGAUGCAACUGUUCAGUCACCCGGUUGCGGUUACUUAUUACCCUUUGUGCUUUAAAAAAUAACAUGUAUAGACUCUGCUAAAAACCAAAGAUAACUUUUAUAUUCAGGAACAUUGCACUUGUGUUACAAGUCGGCGAGCUACAGUGGAAAGGCAGCCAUUUUGUACGCCAACCCAAUUAUGUUGGUAUCAACCUUCAGGAUACUCUCGUUUUCACCUCGCUCUGUCCUCAACUGAACCGGGUCACGAUACAAACUUUAGCUUUAAUGGGGCGUAAGGCGUGACACACCAAUAGUUACAUGUUGAUUAUAAACGGCAUAGACGAAAUUAGUUAAACGCCAGUAGAAACAAUUCGAAGCAGGUUCGCCCAGGGAGACUGACAACUCAAUCUCAGGUCUAGAAGAGCAUGGUUUAAUUUGCCUUAACAAGCCUGCUGCUGUUGUUAAUGUUGUUAAUGUAGCAUGGCCCUUUCAUUGGCAUGGCAUUUAUUACAGCUUAGACAAUAUAGACAAUAGACAAUAGGUGCUGGAGUAGGCCAUUCGGCCCUUCGAGCCAGCACCACCAUUCAUUAUGAUCAUGGCUGAUCAUCCGCAAUCAGUAUCCUGUUCCUGCCUUAUCCCCAUAACCCUUGAUUCCACUAUCUUUAAGAGCUCUGUCUAUCUCUUUCUUAAAAGUAUCCAGAGGGUUGGCUUCCACUGCCUUCUGGGGCAGAGCAUUCCAUAUAUCCACCACUCUCUGGGUGAAGAAGUUUCUCCUCAACUCUGUUCUAAAUGGCCUACCCCUUAUUUUUAAACAGCUUGUCAAAAUAAAUGACGUAUGUCUUGCAUAAAUGGCAAGGAUUGACUCGAGUCAACAAUGGUGACGGUGGUAGCUUCAAGUCAAUAAAAUCAACAAUAAGUUCAACCACUUUCUUACCUCAAGCCCAACUUCACACGCCAGCGAAACCCUUAAGUACAAGCUCAUCUUUAACUUUCCUUUGUUUCACAACAUCAAUUCUAAAAAAAAACUACAUCUGUCAAAUGGGGAUUAUAGAAUGUGCAUUCAAAAGAACCAAAAAGAAACAGGAUAGAAUUACGUCACGAAGUGAUAAACUAGAGGCCACGAUUGAGGGCCGGAAGAAAAUGUAUAAUUGUUGCAUUGAAACCGCAGAAGAAUUUCCCCUUUCUCUCUUUGUCAGAAGGGAAAAGGUCAUAAUUUUUUUUACACUUAUUGAUUACUGCCACUUAGCCUGGAAUCCUAUCGUUUUGAAAGUGUUCGGCAGGUGUCCUUCUAUUUUAAAAAGAUGCAAGCAUAUUGCAUUUUUAAAAAGCUGAGAUUAACACCGUUAGGAAAUGUAUAGAGUUUCGCAGCCAUUUUUAGUUGGAGGCAUUUCUGUGUUGUUUUGUGCUUCUCCCAACCGUCUUUCUCAAAGUAUAAAGGGAUUAUUGAGUGUACAUUCUCUCAAUUUCGCACACUUGUCUGCAGUGAUAUUUUCCACUGCUAACUCCGUCCAAACGUUUGACGAGUAUUUUUUUUUUAAUUUUCUUGGCCCAUAGCCCCCACCCUUUCCUUCCCCACCACUUCCCCUUCUUUAGCCACCAAAGAAAACUGUGCAAAGUUUUAACAUUAAGGAACAGCUCCCGGAACAAGGAGAAGGUACUAGUGAUUUUUCAAAGGUGACAUUUAGCCAGGUGCGUUUGUACGCAGGAGGUCAUUGAGACGGAUAUUAAUCCGGAUUUUAACAAUAUCCUGGCCUUGUGUUUCUUGUGGUGUGGUUAGCUUUAAGAUACAUUUGGUAAUCAUUUACUAGUAUUAAGACAAAGAAGCAAAGAUAAAAUAGCUGCUUCCACGUGUAAAAAUGUGUAAAGAUCUACUAUUUAUAGUGUGAACCAAAGACGCUACCUCACUCGAUUCCCAUUCGUGAUUUUAAUCACAGUGAUGAUACCAAAGAAUACCAAAGAUUUUUCUUGCACGGCCUUCGUGAGUGGGUUACUCGGCGUUCCUUAAACCCUCAACUGUCACUCAGUGUGAAGCUUUCUUCAUUUAAAAAAAAAGCUAUAGGCAAACACAUUGCAAAACUUGUAAAAUCAUAGGACGAGUGCCUUGCUUAAACCAAAGUGUGAAACCGCUGUUGACCUCUUCUCACCUUACUCUUGAAUACCUCAGCCUCUCGAAAGGCCACUAUUAAAAAAUGGAAUAAUUCUUCACCGUGGUGCUUUGCAGUGCAACCAUGCAAUGAAACUUUUUUUGAUACCAAAGGAUAUUUCCACUUUUUUGCUGACAACCAAAGCUCUUUUUUGCGCCCUGGAGUAUUCACACAACGCAGGCCGUGCAUUCUUUACCAAUUUCUCAAGAUACCUCAUAGUAAUGAAUCUUUAGGGUUAUGUUGUAUAGAGAGUCUAUGUGAUAAGGCAGAACUUAAUAGUUUGAUAAUUGUUAACGUUACUUCAAAGCUUUAUAAUUAUUUAUUUUGUAGAUUUGGCAGAACUCUGAUGCGCUCGAGGAAGAAGUAUUUUGAAGAUUGAGGGGGGUUGUAUAGGGUUAGUAGAGUGGUUGUGCGAGGAAACCUGACUUUUCUUUUGAAAUUAAACUGGGCUUUUGUGUUAAAUUAAAAGUAGUCUUUUCACAGGGUAAGCCAUCCUCUGCUAUGGUGUGUGUCAGUAUUCCUUGCAAGAAAAAAAAUGGUUCAUGUGUUGUGAUUUUCUUUUGAUCAGUCUGAUGUAGAGUUUCUCGAAUCUUGUAUUCAUUUAUGCAACUGUGUCUGUUGAAAUGAUGUAAAUAGAAGUAGGUUUCUAAAACAACCAAAGCUUUCUGAUACAAUCUGCAGGCAAAGAGUUCUGUUCUCAUGUUGAGAUAACUGAUGAUGAAGAAAACUGCUGUAUGACUGCAGAGCCUAACAGCUUCCCGAGAUCUCUUUAGCAGUCACUUCGUGUGUUUCAAACACUGUCAGAUGCCAAACAAAUUAACAUGCCAAAAAAAAACAACUUCGUCACUUAGAAAGCUCGUGAGCUAUGUUUAAAGUCUCUUUUUGUUGCUUUAUUUUUAAAAAAAUAUAUAUAUAUACAAAGGAAGGGUCUUUUUUCGAGAAUAAAAUACGUCCAAAGAAUUUUAAAUCUGUUUGACGUUUUAAAACGCAGGAGUUUGUGAAGUUACCUUUACUAAUUUGGCAUUCGCACGGGCGUAGGCAGUAGAGGGCGUUAAAAACUGUACAGACAAACUAACUUGAGAUGGAAACUCUCUCCACUUCAUUGCUCAUGCUGUUGCUGGAGGUAAGUAUGGUGAACUAAGGUAGUUCAGGCCGGACUAUAAACUUCGAAAUCUCCUGGGGUGGGUGGGGGGAGGCAGAGGGGGCUGGGGUAGAUGUUGUAGGGCGAGCAUUGUUGGGACAGAGACAACCCAGUCCGAGUGACACAUGUGAAAAGGGUAAUCCGACCUUAGAGGUAAUUAUUUUUAGUUCAGUUUUUUUUGGCAGCGUGGUUUAUAUAUUUGUAAUAAAUAUUUAUUUGAUGCACUUAUCAGCAAUUUUAAUGUGUAUUUGUAUGUUUCAUAUUAAUUCCUCCCCCAUCCCUUUCAGCAGUCCUUAGUUUUCGAAAGUACAGCUGUGUAGCUAGCACACACUUUAGUCGAAAGUCCAGCUCUUUUUCCCUGAUUAAUGUGCCACGAUCAUAUUCCUAUAUGUGGGACAGAAAUUCCGGUUCAAAUCUCAGUUCAAGAAAACCAAGAACUGCGGAUGCUAGGAAUCUGAAGAGAAAAUUAGGAAGUGCUGGAGAGACUCGGCAGGUCUGGCAGCAUCUGUCGAGAGAGAAACUGAGUUAACGUUUCGAGUCCAGUGACCCAGAAGAUUGUGAAGAAGGGUCCCUAGACUCAAAACGUUAAUGUUGUUUCUCUCUGCCCACAGAGGUUGACAGACCUGCUAAGUUUCUCCAGAACUUUCUGUUUUUGUUUGUUGCCUGUUUUACCUGGUUCGUUAUAACAUGUUCGGAAUAAGUUGAUUAGAAAUCGUUUUUAAUUUCACUUCUGACGUGGGCACGUUGGGAGAUUUUGUCGAUAUCGUUUCCUUCAUUUGUAGAGUUCUUUUUAAUGAUUAUGUCAACAAGGUGGUUGGAUAUUACUUCUUUAUUUGUCCACAAAUUUUCCAAAGUACCAUUUAUACAAAUAAUGAACUCGAAACUGUGUGGCUAGUGAUUUCUAUAUCCCAAAUUCCAACUGUGCAAUAUACAGCACAAUGUUAAACUGCACUAAUAAAAUAGGCUGUCUGAUAUUGCAAAACACAUUUAUGGAAGUAAAUAAACCAUGGUGUGUAAUUGAGAUGGUAUAACAUGAGUUUCAUGAUCAAAUGUUAAGAUGGACAUUCAUUGGUUCAUCAAUAGGAAGAACAUAUUCCAACAAGUAUUGUAACACACAUCGCCAUCAUCAAACAACAAAUGUGGGUGCAUUUACUACAGGAUUCAGACAGGGUCUUUCUUGUUCAAGGAAAUCAAUGGCAUAUUCUCUCAUCAAUAAUGCACACUUUCAGGUUUGUUAUUGCUUAAUUCGAGAAAGGUUAGUUGCACAGCAUUUUUGCACUUCCACUUUCAAGUUAGAUUGCCUUGGAGUUAAUACCGAAAAGAGAGCGCCUAAGACAAUCAACAGGUGAAGGGGUGCAUAGAUAAUAGCAUAUCUUCCAAGAGCCAGAGGGAGUUCUUCCAUAGCAAUUAAAUCAGAAAAGCUUAAAAAAAAAGUUUUGAUAAAAGACAACUUGCUGACAUUUUGCAAAUUAGAAAGCGGUAGUAGUUUAUGCGUUUGCAUCUGCAUUUCCAAAUAAGUGAUUAUUGUAUAUGAUUACGGUUUAUUGCUGAUAUUUUGUCAAUCUUUCUCUUAGUCAAGCGCUUCUUCUGUAUUUUUGUGUGUAGCUGCGAGUAUAAUGCAAUAGGCAUUAUUCUGGUUUGUUUCUAGGUAUCUUUCCUGUACUGCAUUAAGACUUCUUCUUUUUAGUUUUGAAGCUUUGCUAAUGUUCUCACUAUCUGCCGUGCAAUAUCAUCUGCUGUGUUUGCUAAGCAAAAAAAGCAAGUGAUGAUGUCAUCAUGCUUUUUCAGUGUUAAAAUGUUUCAGCGUUUAUGUAGUCACAAAAUGUAGUAAAAUAAACUGUUGGAUUUUCCAGCACUUUAAAUGUA